CGCGAUUUCACACUCAUAAUUCCUCAGACAGACAGGCAGAUAAUACUAAUAUUGAUAACCGUCAUCAUGCCGAAGGUGAAGAAGGCCUGGAGCGGCGGCGCGGUGCCCCUGGCCGAGCAGAUCCUCCAGCGGGACUCAGUGCGCUGCAGCGGCCGGCAGAAGCAGCGCGGCCGCGGGCAGGAGGAGCAGCAGGAGUUCGUGGAUGAGAAGCUGAGCCGGAGGAUCCUGGAGCAGGCCCGCAGACAGCAGGAGGAGCUGCAGGACACAGCCGAGGAGGAGCGCAGGACACCGGCGACCAGACUGGGGCCGGUGUCUCAGGAUGGAGACUCUGAUGAGGAAUGGCCGGCUCUGGGUGAAGCCAUGGACGAGGUGGAGCCAGAGGUGGAGGUGGACCCGGAGGACGAGCAAGCCAUACAGAUGUUCAUGAGCAAAAACCCGCCGAUGCGACGCACACUGGCCGACAUCAUCAUGGAGAAGAUCACGGAGAAGCAGACGGAGGUGGGGACGGUGUUGUCGGAAGUGUCGGGUCACGCGAUGCCUCAGAUGGACCCGCGAGUGGUGGAGGUGUACAGAGGGGUCAGCAAGGUUCUGUCGAAGUACCGCAGUGGGAAACUGCCCAAAGCCUUUAAGAUCAUCCCAGCUCUGUCCAACUGGGAGCAGGUGCUGUACCUGACAGAGCCCGAGACCUGGAGCGCCGCCGCCAUGUACCAGGCCACUAGGAUUUUCUCCUCGAACCUGAAGGAGCGAAUGGCCCAGCGCUUCUACAAUCUGGUGCUGCUGCCCAGAAUCAGAGACGACAUCGCGGAGUACAAGCGGCUCAACUUCCACCUGUACAGCGCUCUGAAGAAGGCCCUGUUCAAACCCGCAGCCUGGUUCAAAGGGAUCCUGCUCCCGCUCUGUGAGUCCGGCUCAUGUACACUGAGGGAAGCCAUCAUCAUCGGCAGCAUCAUCACCAAAUGCUCCAUCCCCGUGCUGCACUCCAGCGCUGCGAUGCUGAAGCUGGCUGAGAUGGAGUAUAACGGAGCCAACAGUAUUUUCCUGCGUCUGAUGCUGGAUAAGAAGUACGCUCUGCCGUUCCGCGUGCUGGACGCGUUAGUCGCGCACUUUCUGUCGUUCCGCACGGACAAACGGAUCCUGCCGGUGCUGUGGCAUCAGAGCCUGCUGACGCUGGUGCAGCGCUAUAAAGCAGACCUGUCCUCCGAGCAGAAGGAGGCGCUGUUGGAGCUGCUGAAGGCCCACACACACCCGCAGAUCUCCAGCGAGAUACGCAGAGAACUGCAGAGCGCCGAGCCUCGAGACCUGGAGGACGCCACGCCGGCCAUGAGCCUCGACUGACGGACUAACAUGAGAUUUGACAGUGCAGUGUGUGUCGCAGUCAUGUUUCUGGACUGAUUGGGUUAUUCUGGUAUUACAUCAGGUCAUUAAAUUGUGUUAUACUACA